AUGGCCAUCAGCAUAGUAGACUAUGAACUGCCAUACGAAACCCACAAUGAGUACGACGUGUCGUUUCACGGUGAUCGGAUCCACACUCUGGUCACUCACAGCUCGUCCAUAGUGGAUUCAUGGCUCGCCCAAACCAAACUCCAGUCCCGAAUCGUAGGGCUUGACGUGGAGUGGCGCCCCAACUUCAACCGUUCGAUCGAAAACCCAGUGGCCACGCUGCAGCUCUGCGUGGGCCCCGAUUGCCUGAUCUACCAGCUCCUCCACACCCAGCACAUUCCCCAGGCCCUCCACGCCUUCCUCGCUAAUCGCAGCUACACAUUCGUCGGCGUAGGUAUCGGCAGCGACGUGGAGAAGCUCCUCCUUGACUACGGGCUGCACGUGGCCAAUGCGGUUGAUCUUGCGGUUUUCGCAGCGAAUAGAUUUCGUUCGAGUGAGCUGAGGAAUGCUGGGUUGAAGGGAUUGGCCAGGCAGAUGCUGGGGAAGGAGGUUCAGAAGCCCAAUAGGAUCACCAUGAGCAGAUGGGACAAUCAGUGGCUUACUUGUGACCAGGUUCAGUAUGCUUGUGUUGAUGCUUUUCUUUCCUUUGAGAUUGGUAGGCAUUUGAAUGUUUGA